AUGGGAUCCAAGGUUGUUGCAUCCGUUGCCCUUCUCCUCUCCAUCAACAUUCUUUUCAUUUCCAUGGUUAGCUCCAGCAGCCACUACGAUCCACAGCCCCAACCUUCUCACGUCACUGCUCUUAUUACACGACCUAGUUGUCCGGAUCUGAGUAUUUGCCUCAAUAUUUUAGGCGGGUCUCUAGGAACCGUGGAUGAUUGUUGUGCCCUCAUCGGUGGUCUUGGUGACAUUGAAGCCAUUGUGUGCCUUUGCAUCCAACUCAGGGCCCUCGGAAUAUUAAACCUUAACCGUAAUUUGCAGUUAAUAUUAAACUCCUGUGGACGAAGCUACCCGUCAAACGCCACUUGCCCCCGAACCUAA